CUCCCCCCCCCACACACACACCGCAAACGCAAACGCCACUCCCCUCCUCGUCUUCUCCGACGCGAACGCCUGAACCAAACCCUCUCCUCCCUGGCUGCUAGGGUUUUAGGGCGAGCGUCGGUUGGGGACUUGGGGGAGAAGGACGGGCGGGGGCAACGUUGGCCACCACGACCACGGCGCCGGUGCCGGCGAGUCUGAGAGAUGGAGGAGGACCAGUCGGCAGUACUGGUCGCUGAAGGUGCCAUCAAGAGCAUCAAGCUUAGCCUAUCCACUGAGGAUGAGAUACUUACAUACUCAAUAAAUGACUGUCCUGUUACCCAUCCUAGUCAGCUUGGGAAUCCUUUCCUUGGCUUACCACUGGAAACGGGCAAAUGUGAGUCAUGUGGUGCCUCGGAGAACGGCAAAUGCGAAGGGCAUUUUGGAUACAUUGAGCUGCCUGUACCUAUAUAUCAUCCGUGUCAUGUUAGUGAACUUAGGCAAUUAUUGAGCUUAGUAUGUCUGAAGUGCCUUCGAAUCAAGAAAGGAAAGGCUAAACAAAGCAAUGGAAAGGAAAAUGUGUCAGUAACAGCAUGCUCCUACUGUCGGGAUGUUCCCGCACUAUCUUUGAAGGAAGUCAAGACAGCGGAUGGUGCAUUUCGUUUAGAGCUAAGAGCACCCCCAAGGAGACUCAUGAAGGAUAGUUCCUGGAACUUCCUUGACAAAUACGGAUUUCACCAUGGUGGAGCCUCCCACUUUAGGACAUUGCUUCCAGAAGAGGCUCUGAACAUACUAAAGAAGAUUCCGGAUGACACGCGGAAAAAGCUAGCUGCACGGGGAUACAUUGCUCAGUCUGGAUAUGUGAUGAAAUAUCUUCCAGUACCUCCUAACUGCCUCUACAUUCCAGAAUUCACAGAUGGGCAGAGCAUCAUGUCCUAUGACAUCUCUAUAUCUUUAUUGAAAAAGAUACUUCACAGGAUAGAGCAGAUAAAAAAAUCAAGAGCUGGUACCCCAAACUUCGAAUCACAUGAAGCUGAAUCGAGUGAUUUACAAAUUUCUAUUGCCCAAUAUAUACAUCUAAGGGGUACUACAAAGGGUCCUCAAGACACAAAGAGAUUCACAAUUAGCACUGAUUCAUCUCAUUUAUCAACAAAACAAUGGCUGGAAAAGAUGAGGACAUUAUUCAUCAGCAAAGGGUCAGGUUUUUCAUCGCGCAGUGUACUUACCGGAGAUCCCUAUAUUGGAGUAGAUGUAGUUGGAUUGCCUUCCGAAGUGGCAAAAAGAAUAACAUUUGAAGAGCAGGUUACGGACAUCAACAUCAAAAGGUUGCAAGAGGUUGUUGACAAGGGACUGUGUUUGACCUAUAGAGAUGGUCAAACAACAUACGCCAUCACUGUGGGAUCCAAAGGGUAUACCACACUCAAAGUGGGUCAAACGAUCAGUAGAAGGAUCGUUGAUGGCGAUGUUGUUUUCCUUAACAGGCCACCUAGUACUCACAAGCAUUCCCUCCAGGCAUUUUAUGUUUACAUCCACGAUGACCACACAGUCAAAAUCAAUCCCCUCAUAUGCUCUCCUCUCGCAGCAGAUUUUGAUGGUGAUUGUGUGCAUAUUUACUAUCCACAAUCGCUUGCUGCAAAAGCUGAAGCGUUGGAGCUUUUCAGCGUGGAGAAACAACUGACGAAUUCACACAAUGGGAAAGUAAAUCUCCAGCUAUCUAAUGACAGUUUGCUAGCCCUGAAGCAUAUGUCUUCCAGAACCGUUUUAAGCAAAGAAUCAGCUAACCAGUUGGCAAUGCUUCUGUCAUUUUCUCUUCCCGAUCCUGCUGUGGUCAAAUUGAAACCAUGCUGGACUAUUACGCAAAUAAUACAAGGUGCGCUGCCAGCAGCAUUAACUUGUGAAGGAGGCAGAUUCCUAGUCAAGGACAGCACUGUCAUAAAACUGGAUCUUGCCAAAGAAUCUGUUCAAGCCUCAUUCUCGGAUUUAGUAUCUUCCAUUCUGUGUGUGAAGGGUCCAGGAGGUGCGCUCCAAUUUCUGAAUGCAUUGCAGCCCCUGUUGAUGGAAUAUUUACUUUUGGAUGGUUUUAGUGUAAGCCUGCAAGAUUUUAACGUACCCAAGGUUCUUUUGGAAGAAGUACAUAAAAGCAUUCAAGAACAGUCCCUUGUACUUGAGCAGUCAAGGUGCUCAAAAAGUCAGUUUGUGGAAAUGCGAGUUGACAACAAUCUGAAGGAUGUCAAACAGCAAAUUUCAGAUUUUGUUGUGGAAUCCUCUCAUCUUGGGCUUCUGAUUGAUCCAAAGAGUGAACCUUCAAUGUCAAAAGUUGUCCAGCAGCUUGGUUUUGUUGGUCUGCAGCUUUACCGUGAGGGAAAGUUUUACUCAAGCCGUCUGGUUGAGGAUUGUUUCUCGAGUUUUGUGGAUAAACACCCACCUAUUGUUGGAAAUCAGCAUCCUCCAGAGGCUUAUGGUCUUGUGCAAAAUUCAUAUUUCCACGGUCUCAAUCCUUAUGAAGAGCUGGUACAUUCUAUAUCUACAAGAGAAGCUAUUGUCCGCUCCUCAAGAGGGCUGACAGAACCAGGAACUCUGUUCAAGAAUCUAAUGGCCAUCUUGCGAGAUGUAGUUAUAUGUUAUGAUGGAACAGUGAGAAACAUCUGCAGCAAUUCAAUCAUGCAACUUAAGUACAAUGAAGAUGAUGCCACAGAUAUUCCAAGCGCAUUAACUCCUGGAGAACCAGUAGGUGUCUUAGCUGCCACUGCUAUCUCCAACCCUGCAUACAAGGCUGUCUUGGAUGCUUCUCAGAGCAACAAUACUUCUUGGGCAUCGAUGAAGGAAAUACUACAGACAAAAGUUAGCUAUAAAAACGAUACGAAUGAUCGAAAAGUUAUCCUGUUUUUGAAUGACUGCUCUUGCCCCAAGAAGUUUUGCAAAGAAAAGGCUGCUAUUGCAGUACAGAACCGCCUAAAGAGAGUCACAUUAGAGGACUGCGCUACUGAUAUCUGCAUUGAGUAUCACAAACAGAUUUUAGAUGGAUCUUCAGAAGCCACCCCAGCACUUGUUGGCCAUAUUCACCUUGAAAAGGCACGUUUAGACAUGAUAAAUGUUAGCACUGAAGACAUUCUUCAGAAAUGCCAAGAAGUUUCUCUGAAACAUGGGAAGAAGAAAGGACAUCUUGGGCACCUGUUUAAAAAGAUCACUUUCUCUACUUGUGAUUGCUCCUUCACACAGAAGCCUAUGAUUGAUGGGAAGCUACCUAAGGUUCCAUGUUUGCAGUUCUCUUUUUCUGAGGACAUUCCUAUGUUAUCUGAAUCUGUUGAGAGAGCAGUGAGUGUGUUAGCCAAUUCCCUCUGUGAUGUGCUUUUGGAUACAAUCAUAAAAGGUGAUCCUCGAAUUCAAGAGGCUAAAAUUAUGUGGGUUGGGUCAGAUGCACAAUCUUGGGUAAAAAACACAAGGAAGGUAUCUAAGGGUGAGCCAACAGUAGAAAUUGUUGUUGAAAAAAAUGAAGCUUCGAAGCAGGGUGACGCAUGGAGAAUAGCAAUGGAUGCCUGUAUACCAGUCAUAGACCUCAUUGAUACACGAAGGUCCAUACCUUAUGGUAUUCAGCAAGUGCGAGAACUUCUUGGCAUAUCAUGCUCCUUUGAUCAAAUUGUGCAGCGCCUUUCAACAACUAUGAAGACGGUCGCUAAAGGAAUUCUCAAGGACCAUUUGAUACUUGUGGCAAACAGCAUGACGUGCACUGGAAACUUGUAUGGGUUCAACACUGGUGGUUACAGGGCGACUUUCCGUGCAUUAAAAGUUCAAGUACCUUUUACAGAGUCUACCUUGUUUACUCCUAUGAAAUGCUUUGAGAAGGCUGCGGAGAAAUGUCAUUCUGAUGCAUUGGGAUGCGUGGUCUCAUCAUGCUCAUGGGGCAAGCAUGCAGCACUUGGCACUGGGUCAUCUUUUCAGAUUCUUUGGAACGAAAAUCAGCUGAAAAGCAAUAAGGAGUAUGGUGAUGGCCUGUAUGAUUUCCUGGCCAUGGUGAGGACCGAUCAAGAAAAGGCUAGGUACACGUUCUUGGAUGAUGUGGAUUACCUUGUUGAAGACAAUGCGAUGGAUGAUAUCUGCUUAUCGCCUGAAUUGAAUGGGACCCAUGGUGUGCCCACUUUUGAAGAUAACUUCGAACAUCAAGAUACUCAGAACGGCAACUCAUGGGAGAAUGGCACAAAGGCAAAUGCAAGCUGGGAACAAAAUGCAAGUGCUGGGAAUGAUUCUGAUAACUGGGGGGGCUGGAGUAAUGCAGCAGCAGCAGCUGACACAGGAGCUGCAAAACCAGCAGAUCAAGGCAAUUCAUCUUGGGAUGUGCCUGCAACAGCGGAGAACGAUUCCACUGACUGGGGAGGUUGGGGCAAUGAAAAGGCAAAGGACAAUAGGACUGUGUCAACAGAGCCAGCUGAACUCGAUACUUGGUCUGAUCGGGGUGCUAAAAAGGGUACAGAUGGAGGUGGUGGUAGCUGGGGGAAGCAGACGAACACUUGUGAGGACUCUGGGACAAAUCUGGAACGGAACUCUUGGGCCAAGAGGCCAUCAUCGCCAUCACUCAGUACAUGGGCCAAAAAGAAUUCAGAUGGAGGUGAUGGUACCUGGGACAAGCAGGCCAACUCUUGCAAGAAAAAUGUGGAGCAGGACUCUUGGAAAAACAUGCCAGUGUCACCGGCAAGAAAUGCAUGGAAUAAAAAGGAGUCCAGCAGAGGUGAUGCCACUUGGGAGAUGCGGGCUAGCACCUUGGAAGAAAAGAAGACAAGUGAGUCAAAUGAAGGUUCCUGGGAGAAAUCUAAUGCACAAAAGGAUUCUUGGGGUAAUACACAACAUGGUUCCUCGGACAAAAUGGCAGUGAAGGAUAACGAUAUGCAGCAAGACCCAUGGGGUCAUAUUGCAACUCAGAAUAUUAAUGCACAGGAUGAUCUCUGGGGGAGUGUGGCGGCUAAGGCUCAGACUUCUACUGCAGAGAAUACAGAUGCACAGGAUGAUUCUUGGGGAGCUGUGGCAGCAAAAGCUCAGACUUCUACUGCACAGGAGUCAUGGGGUAAUGUGGCCGCUUCACCGUCAGACAAUGCAUGGAAAGCUCCUCCAAUUUCCCAGACUUCUGCUGCAGAGCAUACAGAUGCACAUAAUGAUUCUUGGGGAAUUGUGGCAGCGAAAGCUCAGACUUCUACUGCACAGCAAGAGUCCUGGGGUAAUGCAACUGCUUCACCGUCAGACAAUGCAUGGAAUGCUGCUCCAAUGGAUUUGGAUGCAAAGCAGCCAGGUUCUUGGGAUGGAUGGAGUUCUGCUCUAGCUGAGGACUCAAACAAGGCGGAUGAUUCUAGCAACAAGAACAAAGGCUGGAAAUCAGAUGGAUGGGGUGCCAAAGGCAACCGAAGAGACCAAAGAGACAAUCCCAGCAUGCCCCCAAUGAGACCUGAUGAGAGGCCGCCAAGGCCACGGUUUGAAGUACCAGCUGAGGCCAAAAAGAUUCUACGAGAGAUUGAACCCAUUGUAUCAAUGGUCAGAAAGAUCUUCCGUGAAUCAUGUGAUGGCGUAAGACUUCCGCUGGAGGAUGAAAAGUUUAUCAAAGAGAGUAUUCUAGAGCACCACCCUGAAAAGGAAAGGAAGGUUCCUGGUGAAAUUGAUCAUAUAAUGGUUAACAAGCACCACAUAUUCCAGGAAAGUCGAUGCUUUUAUGUGGUGUUGGCGGAUGGGACCCACACAGAUUUUUCAUACAACAAGUGCAUGGAUAACUAUGUGAGGAAGACCUAUACGGACGCUGCCGAGCACGCCGACUUGGUCAGCCAGAUGUAUUUCAAGAAGCGCGAUCGUGAUCGAGCAGCUGCUGUUGAUGGAGGUUCAACACCAGCCAACGCUUCUCAGUCUACUCAGGUGAUGGAGACCUCCCAAGACGAAGCUCCACAGGAGGCUCAGCCAGAGACUUGCGUGGCAACCCAGGAAGAAACUCGAGUGUCUCCACAAGAGACUCCUGCAGCGACGACCCAGCAAGAAGAGACAGAAAAUAAUCCAGAUUCAGCGUCAGAGGCAGAUUAUCAUUCAGCGUCGGAGGCAGGGCUUCCUGAGGGGGUGUAGUGUAGAACUGAUGCUGUAUAUAGAUGCCAUAGCUUUUUCUGUGAGCAUCAUCCCUAGCUGAAAAUCUCCCUAACUUGAGGUUGACAGACCAUUAACGGUCUUUUGAUGUGCCAGCGUCUCCUGUGGUAUGCUCAGUGGUAAUCCCAGUUGAACCAACUCUGUAAAUUCUGGGAAAUGGUCUUGUUUUAGAACCUAUCUAUUCUCUGCUGCAGUUAAAUAUGAACCUUGCUGGAAAAUGCUGCCACCAUCAGCAAAUUAUUAGUCUCUACUGUCAUCUGUUUUAACUA